UCGAUGUUCCUGGUUUCCACACGGACACUUCCUCACCGCGGAGCUUCGUGUUUGUCCGCGUUCGCCGCUCCUUGCCUUGCGCGGUGUGUUUGAUUGACAAAAGUUGGCAAAUUGAUUCACAUUGAUCAAAUUACAGACUUUUUUGUGUUGAUGGCGGGAAGCGGUAGCUCUUUGUUCUCCGGCUUCCGGGUUUUGGGACUUUACAGCGAUCAUGUGCCGCACGUGCUCCGCUACCAUCAGAAACACCGCGAGUUCUACGUUGUGACGUCGGUGGGCAAGUGUUUGCACACGUAUAACGUGGCUCAUUUGGGCAUCGUCUCUGUCAGUAACAGCCUCCAAGAUGACAUCACCUGCGUGGCAGCAGACAGGAUGCUGGUGUUUGCAGCUUCAGGACGACUCGUCUGUGCCCUCGCUAGGAACAAAGAGGUGGUGAUGCGUUACAGCGGUCACGAGCAGGAAGUGCGUCUGCUGCUUGCUUUGGGUGAUCACCUGAUCUCGGCCGACGCCGGUGGACACGUCAUCGUGUGGGAUGUCCACAGUGGCGACAUCUACCUGCAGCUGCGCUUCGACCCCAGCACCUUCAACGUGACAGCCAUGAUGCACCCCAGCACGUACAUGAACAAGGUGCUGCUGGGAAGCUCCCAGGGCGCAUUGCAGCUGUGGAACGUGAAAAGCAGCAAGCUGCUGUAUACGUUCCCGGGUUGGUCGGCGGGGGUGACCGUUCUGCAACAGAGCCCGGCGGUGGACGUGGUGGGUGUCGGCACGGCAACAGGCCGCAUCGUCCUUCACAACAUCCGGACGGACCAGACGCUGAUGACGUUCACACAGGACUGGGGGCCGAUCACAUCACUGGCCUUCAGGACAGACGGCCCCCCCAUGGUGGCGUCCGGCAGUCCACAGGGUCACUUGGCGUUCUGGGACCUGGAGCGUCGGCAGCUCGUGGCUCAGCAGAGACACGCCCACAACACGGCGGUGGCGGGCGCCACCUUCCUGCACGGCGAGCCGCUCCUGGUUACCAAUGGAGCCGACAACGCCAUCAAGGUGUGGAUAUUUGACCAGGACAGGGGCGGAGCCAGGUUGCUGAGGAGUCGCCAGGGGCACAGUGCCCCGCCCGCCGCUAUCUGUCACCAUGGCAAUGAUGGCAAGAACAUCCUGAGCGCAGGUCAGGACGGGACACUGCAGUCUUUCUCCACCGUGCACGAGCGCUUCCACAAGAACCUGGGACACGGCUCCCUCAAUAAAAAGAAAGAACAGAGGAAGAAGAAGGACAUGUCCCAUGAGCAACUCCGCCUCCCCGCUAUCACUGCAUUCUCCUCUGCCACAGCCCGCCAGGCAGACUGGGACGGCAUUGUUGCCUGUCACCGCGGUUGCCAAGCAACCACCACCUGGAACUACCAGCGAUGCACCAUGGGAGCUCAUCACCUGCAGCCGCCAGGUGGCCCCAGCAAUGCCAUCGCCACGGCUGUUGACAUCACUUCCUGUGGAAACUUUGCAGUUGUGGGCUCAUCGUGUGGCCGGGUUGACGUGUACAACCUGCAGUCUGGACUUCAUCGUGGUUGCUAUGGAGACGACCAGAAAGCUCACAGCGGUGUGGUGCGAGGGGUCGCCAUCGACGGGCUCAAUCAGCUGACUGUGACCAUCGCUUCUGAUUACCUCCUCAAGUUCUGGCGCUUCAAGAAACGCAAACAGGAAAAAGAGAUCAAGUUAAACGCUGCACCAGCUAGCAUGACGCUCCACAGAGACAGCGGGAUGUUAGCAGUAGCUUUGGAUGACUUCACAGUUUUGGUUGUUGACAUGGAAACCAAGCGAGUGGUCAGGAAGUUUUGGGGUCACCAUGGCAACACAACCGACAUGACUUUUAGUCCGGACGGUCGCUGGCUGGUGACGGCGGGCAUGGACUGCACCAUUCGGACGUGGGACCUCCCCUCUGGAAGCCUUGUUGAUUGCUUCCUGGUGCCCAUGGCGCCGGUGGCCGUGUCCAUGUCACCGACAGGAGACUUCCUGGCGACAGCCCAUGUGGACAGUCUGGGGGUUUACUUGUGGACCAAUAAGAGCCUGUGUGGGCCGGUGGGGCUCCGCCCUCUCCCUGCAGACCACCAGCCAGAGGAGGAGGCUCUGCCAGGAACAGCGGAGCUGGAGGUGAAACAGGAAGUGACACCAGAGGAGGCGGAGCAUGCCUUCCAGUCAUCCGAGCAGUUAGGGGCGGAGCUUGUAACCCUGUCCCGGCUGCCAGAGUCGCGCUGGAAAAGUCUUCUUCACCUGGACGCCAUCAAGAGGAGGAACAAACCUGCCUCGGCGCCUGUGGCGGGAACGUCGGCGCCGUUCUUCCUGCCCACCGUGCCGGGCCUCACGCCACGCUUUGCCCCGCCCAUACAGCAAGUGCAGUCCAAGGUGUUGAGCUGCGGACCGCUGUCUCCGAGGUCACAGUUCAGUAGCGCUCUGGAGGCGUGUCUUCAGGCAGGGUCAUUUGACGUUCCCAUCAAGCUGUUGAAGGAUUUGGGACCGUCUGCGCUCUCGCUGGAGCUCACCGGUCUGUCACCUGAAGGGGGCGGAGACAGCAGCCUCCUGUUGGCUUUCAUGGCCAUGAUUGACAGCAUGUUGGCCAGUGGGCGGGACUUUGAUCUGGCUCACGCAUACCUGUGUCUGUUCCUCAAGCUUCACCUGCGCUCGCUGUCACGGGAUGCGGUCGCCAUGGAAGCGUUGCUCCGCCUCUCCCGGCAGCUGGAGGCGGGGUGGGCGCAACUGCGGUCGUCAUUGAACCAGUCGCUUUGUCUGCUGACGUACGCCAAGAGCGCACUGCUGUGAACUUUGUCAACCAGGACCUUCAUCUUCAUCCGUUUGUGUGUGUGACAGUUGCCAUGACAACGGGAUUUUUCAUCUUCAACAAGUCCAAUUGAAAGACCAUGAGGAAUUUCUUGCUUGUCAAGACCAACAUGAAUAAAUAAAUGUGUAUCUCUGCCAGGGGGGGGCAAUCAGCACUCUUAUUCUAAUGGCAGGAAGUGUCCAUGCGUCCGUCCAUCCCUCCGUCUAUCGAUACGUUCGUCCCUCCCUCUGUCCGUCCAUAUGUCCGUCCCUCCCUCCCCCUCUCCGUCCCUCCCUCUGUCUAUCCAUACGUCCGUCCCUCCCUCCCCCGUCCAUACAUCCGUCCAUCCCUCCCUCUGUUCUCCAUUCACUUUCUAUGCCACUUAUGCGCACUAGGAUAUGCUGGAGCCUAUCCCAGCUGUCUUGGGGCAAGGAAGAAAUGUCAGCAAUGCUUAUUGUAA